CAGAGCCCAGCCCCGGCCGGCGAGAGCGGCGGCGAGCGCGAGCCGGAGCCGGAGACCGGGCCUCGCAGCAGGGAGGCUGAGGGCCAGGGAAAGCGGCGGACCCGAGUGGAGGGCCGCGCUCGGGCCCCCGCCGCGUGCGCGUCCUCCUGGCGGAUCCCGCAUAAAUGUCGGAAAUAUUUCCCGUGAAGCAUAAGAAUCCCUGAUUGUGAAAGGGCCCCACAAGCACCGUUGACUCUAACGUGAAGAAAAGUAUGAGAGAACCAUCUGGUUGAGUCUACAAUUGGAAGACCACCACAUCCACCAGAAGACCCAGGAUGGAUCUGCACCAAAGCUCUGCCAUCACUUUCCUUGAGAAAUGGUGUUUGGAGAAGUCACUGUCUGGCUGCAGGAGACAUUAUAAUGUCAGGAAAAAACUGAAGUUAAUUCGAAUCUUGGGCCUUCUCAUGGGCCUAGUAGCCAUCAGCACCGUCUCAUUUUCAAUCAGUGCCUUUUCUGAGACAGAGACACGGAGCACAGAAGAGGCCGUUGGUGCAAGUGGCCCUAGCACAGCACACAGUUACCGCCAGAGAACUCUCUUAGAUUUGAAUGACAAGAUUCUGGAUUAUACUCCACAGCCACCUCUUUCUCAGGAAGGCACAUCUGAGAAUACUACAGGUCAUGCCCAAGGAGACUACCCAAGAGACAUCUUCUCCCUCGAGGAGCGAAGAAAAGGCGCCAUCAUUCUGCACGUCAUUGGAAUGAUCUACAUGUUCAUAGCCUUAGCCAUUGUCUGUGAUGAGUUCUUUGUCCCUUCUUUGACUGUCAUCACUGAGAAACUGGGCAUCUCUGACGAUGUGGCUGGAGCCACCUUCAUGGCUGCCGGGGGCUCGGCCCCAGAACUUUUCACAUCUCUCAUAGGGGUAUUUAUUGCUCACAGCAAUGUUGGCAUAGGCACAAUCGUGGGCUCAGCAGUGUUCAAUAUCCUCUUUGUUAUUGGCAUGUGUGCUCUGUUUUCUAGAGAAAUCUUAAACCUGACAUGGUGGCCGCUCUUUCGGGAUGUGUCCUUCUACAUCGUUGACUUGAUCAUGCUGAUCAUAUUUUUCCUGGAUAAUGUUAUCAUGUGGUGGGAAAGCUUGCUUCUCUUAACAGCUUACUUUGGCUAUGUGGUUUUCAUGAAAUUCAACGUCCAAGUAGAAAGAUGGGUGAAGCAAAUGAUAAAUCGCAAUAAAGUCGUCAAGGUGACAGCACCAGAGGCCCAAGCAAAGUCAUCUACAGCCAGGGACAAGGAUGAGCAGACUCUCCCGGCUAAGCCACGUCUCCAGCGAGGCGGAAGUUCUGCCUCCCUCCACAACAGUCUCAUGAGGAAUAGCAUCUUCCAGCUCAUGAUCCACACCCUUGACCCACUCGCUGAAGAACUUGGAUCAUAUGGAAAACUAAAAUAUUAUGACACAAUGACUGAAGAAGGGAGGUUCAGAGAAAAGGCUUCUAUUCUCCACAAGAUCGCCAAGAAGAAAUGCCAGGUGGAUGAGAACGAGAGGCAGAAUGGGGCUGCCAAUCACGUGGAAAAGAUCGAGCUCCCAAACAGCACCAGCAUGGAGGUUGAAAUGACACCACCCAGCGAUGCUUCAGAACCUGUACAAAAUGGAAAUCUCUCCCACACCAUUGAAGCCGCGGAAGCCCAGACCACAGAGACGGGUGAAGAUGAGGAGGACCAGCCUCUCAGCUUGGCCUGGCCUUCCAACCCCCGCAAGCAAGUCACGUUCCUAAUUGUUUUCCCCAUAGUGUUUCCUCUCUGGAUUACCUUACCUGACGUCCGCAAACCAUCGUCAAGAAAGUUUUUUCCCAUCACGUUCUUUGGCUCCAUCACCUGGAUCGCUGUGUUCUCUUACUUGAUGGUCUGGUGGGCACACCAGGUUGGAGAGACAAUUGGCAUUAGUGAAGAGAUUAUGGGUCUGACCAUCUUGGCUGCUGGGACCUCCAUCCCUGAUCUUAUCACCAGUGUCAUAGUGGCCCGGAAGGGGCUCGGGGACAUGGCUGUGUCCAGCUCUGUUGGAAGCAACAUAUUUGACAUCACUGUAGGGCUCCCACUGCCCUGGCUCCUGUACACCAUCAUUCACAGGCUCCAACCUGUGGCUGUCAGCAGCAAUGGCCUCUUCUGUGCCAUCGUCCUCCUCUUCAUCAUGCUGCUCUUCGUCAUCCUCUCCAUUGCACUCUGCAAAUGGCGGAUGAACAAAGUGCUGGGCUUCAUCAUGUUCGGCCUCUACUUUGUGUUCCUGGUGGUCAGUGUCCUCCUCGAAGACAGAAUUCUGGUGUGCCCUGUCUCCAUCUAGUAGGAAAAGCCAUAUCUGGAACUCACAGCAUGGAUGGUCCCUCCCUGCCCCGGGUUCUAGGCUCCUUGACCUCUCCAGAAGAGGCAGCUGGCACACAGCCGUGGGCACUUCAAAGCGUCCCUCCUUGGCUGAUUGGAGGAUGCAUGGAUUUACGCUGGGCCCACUCAUUUCACGAGCUGCUGCCGACCUUGCCUGCUGGAACAGCUUCAUGCGAGAGACCAUGCAAGAACCGCCCACGUGGGGCUUCUCUCCAUUCACCACUGACAGGUACACCUCGCUGGUCGGAGGUAGAGUCAUUGUAAUGAUGCAAACAAUGACAGAGGCUCUCUCCAUAUACACGUACAAAAUAUACAAAUUAUAAAUAGAUGCACAUGAACACACCCCUGCCUGCUCCUGUAUUAUACCUCUCCUUUCAUACCUAUAGAGUAAUACAUACCUGUAUACAAACACAAAGAAAGAAAAAUUUUAUGUAUAUAUAUAUACAUAUAUAUAUAUAUAAAAUCAUCACAUAUAUAUAUAAAUACAAAUGCAUCUUUUCAGGGAUAGCUCUAGUAUAUUUAUAGCACCUAUUUGAAGAGGGGCAUCAACCUUCAGUCUGAGCUUUACCUCUUAAGUGCAAGAGGUGAACUAAUAGAAUCAUUGCUGUGACCUUCAGCCUACCUGGACUUAUUGGGAUCCUGCCUGGUAAGGUGGAUAUUUUAGAGAAAUAUGUGGCAGGAAGGAGGCCUUGGUGGAGAGGGUCUGUAGAGACCCUGAGCUGAGACCUCCAAAACAUUCCCACCAGCCAAACAGUGAAGACUACCCACCCAUGCCCACUGGGGCGCACUGGCCAAAACCCAUGUGGUUACUUGGGACAGACAGAGGUAAAACCCAGACUGGGUGGAUAUUGCUUUGGGGGCAGGGGAGAGGUGACCAGGGUUGGGGUUUUUUUAAUUUUUUUUUUUAUAUAUUGCCCCAGCAUGCAAGUAGAAAAUAUAACUGCAAACCAAAUUAGUGCUCUUCUAGGACGAGACUAUAUAAACUGAACCUAUAUUGUUCUAAUGCAUGUCCCAUUAUCAUCCAAAAUGAGGCGGGACAAGUCUAGCUGUGAUUGUCAUUUGGGCGUAUUUUGAUGCUAAGGGCUCACAUAUAAUCAAAAUGCCUGCCAAGAGAGCCUGCGAUAUGUAAGAAGAAAUAUCAUCCAGUAGAGAGGUUCGGUGGAACUUGCCACCUAAUGUGAAUAUAAGGGCAUAGUUCUUUAAAGCAUCUUCCAAUGUGGUUCAUAAAGGGCUUCAGUGUCUAAAGAAAUCAUUAUUCCACCAAUAGAACUAAACUGAUUCUGAUCAAUACUGCUUGGAUUGAGGCGGCUUAGAGAUGUUUGGAAAGGCAUUUGAACACUCAGCGCACCCGGGAAGGUUUCUGAGUCAUCCAUCUAGUGGUGCCAAGACCAGGAUUUGGUUAAAACCCGUGCAAAAUCUGUGACUCUUCUUCCAUUGGGACCCCAUAUGGGACUCUUUUGAGCAUAGAGUCCACUGAAGACUCCUUCACGCUGGCCUCAAGCCAGUCACUCCAAGGUUUUGAUCUGAUUUUGCUCAGCAUUCAUGUGACAUUUUCAUUUCAUUCAUUCCCCCCAAUUCUGUUUGACACCUUGUAUGAUUUCUCAGGUCUGUGGCUACAGAAAAUAAAACCAUGGGGGGGGGGACAAACUAAAUUGAUGAAAAAAUAGAGCCUUCAUACCCCAAGUCAUGCUUUCCUUCCAAUCGGUUGAAAAAGUAAACAGAGGGUGGCCUGUUAUUCUGUACCCAUCUUCCAUCUGAGGUGGCACACACCGCAUACGGGGAACUAUACGGCAUGUGUUCUCGUCUCCAGUCUAUUGUAUCCCUGAUGCCUGCUGUGGUUCUGUUGUGGGCACGUCCCUCCUAACCCGGGGAGACAGGAGGCACAACUCACAACUAAACAGAGAGGAAGGGCGACCUGGCAGCCCCAGAUCAAGCUCAGUAUUCCUUCCACAAAACCCCAGCUCCCUCCAUAGAGCAUGGCAGUACCAGGCAGUGCCCGUCAGUGCCCUUCACCCGCCAGCAGAGGGCGCCUCUGAGCGGAGGCUCCCUGGGAAAACAGGAAAGCAAGAUGGCUGCCGCACAGGAGGUGAGCCUUCGAGUCUCCCCAACUCUGAAAAGUCAGGUAGUCACUUGUGUGAGAAGGGCCCGCAUCUUCAUCAAGGGCAGGGUGUUGUAUUGAGGCAAGAAUUUGUGCUCCUUCCUUAGAAGGAAGGAGAAUGGGUAAGUGAACUUUUGGUCAAAACUUCUGGUGGUUUUCCCCGAGCUUUACUCAAAGGGGAGCCAACUGGGUUAUUGCGUGAGUAUGUAUUAUUGGCUGGUCGGCUAUUUGAAGCAAGGUUUGAAUAGGUGAGUUUAACUCAGCUGCAGAUAAACUAUGUGAAACCAAAAAGGAUGAGGGAGGCCCACUGUAGCCCCGUUCUUGUUCCAGCACUUGCUGAUGCUUCCCCACCUCCACACUCCUUCCCAGACAUUCCCAGCUCACAGUGAAGACCCAUCCAAGAGGCCGCAGAGCAUUUUACUUGUCUGGGGAGCUCCACUUCACAGGAAAUGUGGUGAUUCAUGAAAAGUUGCACCUGAGGACGCAGGAUUUAGGAGCCCAGUCCCGCCCCUCUGAGGAGCGCCAAGCAGGAUGUACAACAGCCGUGUUCCCUGGCUGGCUGGUGUGCAGUCCCCUUCCCCUUCCCCUGCUGGCCUCAGGGCGUCUGUGAAGUCAUGUGUUGGGCUAGGCCAAGUCCAGAGAGCAGUGCCUAGAAUGCAGCAGUGGAUCUUGAAAAGCAUUCAAAUCACUAAAAUAAGGAAGUUUCCUGAGCAGGUAGUCUCUAGCGCUUUCCCUGCAUGGCUGUGUAUAUACAUAUAGAUAUAUCCCUGUACCAGAUCUGUAUGUACACACGCUUACAUCCUCACCCUCUGACCUGUCACCUUCAGGAUUCAAAAGCAGGCACAUCAAGUUUGUCGUAAUGAAGGAAAAAAGAAGUCACACACACCACCAACCAAAAGGAACAUCUCUUCCCGACCUCGUAAGGUUUGUCCUGGACACACGUAUGUACAACCCUACACAGCCCGCCCCAUCCCAUAUACUUUCCCACUCCAAGAGCAGAGUUGCAACCUUGGAAAUGGCCAGCCAUACCCCCAGUGCUAACGUACAGGUAAAGAAGACACAACAGAAAAGCUUAGACCGCAGAUAUUCUUUGCUUUCUUGUAGAGGGUAUAUAAAUAUCAAAAGUUCUAGAACCACCUUCUUGCUUCCCAAUCCAAAACAAACAAGCUGUGCCCAGAUGGCUCCAGUUAGCCACAGCAAACCAAGCCGGCCUUGCUUGCCGUCACCUCCCUGGUCGCCCUGGGCAGCCUCCGCACAGGAGAGCAAGCUGGCUCAAACCGAGAAUGCCCAAAUAGAACCUUCUAAAUGCCCCUGCUGGGUCCAGCUGCCUUCUGAACCCGACUAGUUCCUGGAGCAUUGAAGCUGGUGAUGAGAUGGCAUCUCUGUGGUCUUCCAGGACCUGAGCCGAGCCCAGCAGUGGGAUAGAUCAGACGCCACAGGACAUGUGCACAGACCAAGGCGUACGGCUAUUUUUCAGUUUGGCAGAUGCGGCAGAAUAUCCUAAAGGCUUGCCCAGAAGAUUCUAAAAAGAGGCAGGCCCUGAUUCAUAGUCAGGGAAAAUGCUUUGUAAGGCUUCUAACAGGUGCCACCUGAGAAGGGCCAUUAUAAUUUAUUUUCUAGGAAAGACAUGAAUCAGGUGGUUUGGAGGCCCUUCAGCAAAACACAGCUGCCUCACUGAUGAGACAUUUGAUAAUAUUAAUGUACAUCCGUUCCUGGGCAAGGAGAAAGUUGGCAAACUCCCCACCGACGCUCACAGCUCUUAAACUCCUCCGUAACAGGGAGGUGGGCGAUGAGCCUUAGCGGGAAGCCCCCCCACCCCCCGCCACAGACCACCUUAACAGAAAGCUGACCAAGCAAAUGACAACAGCUAGAGCAGCUGGCCAGAGACAUGGUUGGAGAAGAGGGGACUUUCAUUCAGUGCUCGGCUGAGAUUGCUAGGCUGGAUCUAAAUAGAAUCAUUUCGGGAAACUUCAAUAUGCUUUCUUCCCUGCACCUGCCAACACACGCACACAAUUACGAGGAUCCCAUGCUUCCUUGCACCCGGACACAUUGUCACUCCAGUAAUCAAGUGGCCAUAUUAGAAGUGGCAGCUCUAUUCCAGAAGAAAUAAAGGGAAACUGUCCGCAGGGUGAUUUCUGGGGAAAUCGGCUAUCUCCUAAAGGCUUGAUACAGAAGCUGAUGUACAUUCUUGCUAAGCCAGAUCUUACAUAAAAACCUGGCUUAAUAUUUUUAAAAAGACACAUCCUCAACUCCUAAACCUCCCUCAACAAUACGGUCUUUAAAUUAGUAAGUAAAGGUUUUGCCAUUGAAAGAGAAUUAGUGGGGGGGAAAUGAAGCAUAAGGAAAAGGAAGGAAGGAAACAUUUAUUUACUUCUACAAUUCCCAAGAAAACAAGUGUCACAUUGCUAUAUAUCCCCACAUAGUUUAAAAUAAUUACAAAUUUCAGGUUUUUUCAACCAAUUAUAAAAACCUGCAUCAAGUCCCAGAGAAAAGUAUCUUCCCUUCUCUAGAAGGCCUUUGGACAGAAAGGUCACGUGCCCCUGCUCCACUAUUUCAGCUUGGCUCCUUGCCUCUGUCUCUUUGUGUAUCUUUGUUAAUUUCACAGCUCCAUAUUCUUUGAAUUAUGUAACAAACGAGAAAAGCAAUAAAGGUCACACUCACCACUCUGUUAUCAUUACAAUAUUGCAAUGUUUUGGGGGUUUGUUUUUGGGGGGAUUUGUUUUUGUUUUUUCUUUUCACUUCUUUGGGGUUAUGGCAUGUGAUCACCAGGAGAAUUCAGGCAUCUGUAGAAAGCAGAGGUGCACUCAUUUUUGGUAUGGAAGUAACACCUCUUUCCACCCAGACACCCCCCACCAAACAAUGUCUGUGCUGCCAUUUUCCAUGCCUUCUGCACCCCCAGGGGACCAGCCUUGCUUGGAACCACCUGAAUUCCACAGUGGUCUUUCAUCUGACUGGUGAAGGUGUCCUUUAAAAACAGCAUGAGAGAGCUAAAAAUGAUAAAGUGAAUCCACAAGUCAGCCAGUUUCUUAGAGACAAAAAUGACCCUGUAAUUACAGCUGGAGAGACAACUCUGUUCAAGUGAGUGUACAAGGGAGACUGCGUGAAACACCACAUUAAAGCCAGAGCACUUUCAUUAAAUGGUUGACAGAGUGGAAAACUUUAAAGAAUUAAAAAAAAAAAAAAACAGCUAAAUACCUAAGUCUGGAAGAGUGCCAUGGAAUCUGCAUUGAGUUUGCUGAAGGUUUAAUUCUCUUAAGGCAGUUCUUCCCAUCUUUUACCCUCAUCAGAAGGACAAUUCUUUCGUAGGAGAGGGGUCCUGGCGUAGGUGUUCCUAGCAGAACCGGGUUUCAUCAGCUAUUAACAUUAACAACCAGGGGCGCCUGGGUGGCACAGUCGUUAAGCGUCUGCCUUCGGCUCAGGGCGUGAUCCCAGUGUUCUGGGAUCGAGCCCCA